GUUGACGUGUGGAGCAGGCUUGGGCUUGGGCACACGAAGCAUGGUGAUGUCGUUGAAUGAAUGAAACUUGCCGUAAUGCUACGAAAACUUAAGUGAUAAGACUGCAUAAGAGUGCCAAUGAUAUUGUUUUAUUCCAAACUUGCAUUCGUUCGCUGACCUCUCGGGCGCUAGUAGGUGAAAAAUGAGCGAAAAUAUUGUGAGUGACUGUGGUGAUCACCGAACUGCUGAAGAGGAGGACGUUGUCACACCGUGGAGCGUGGUCAGUGCUUCAAACACGGGUAUUGACUACGAGAAGCUCAUUGUAAAAUUUGGUUCUUCAAAGCUUACCCAAGAUUUAGUCGACCGAGUCGAGAGCAUAACUGGAAAAAAGGCACAUCAUUUCCUUCGCCGUGGAGUUUUUGUUUCCCAUAGAGAAUUUAAUGAGAUCCUGAAUACUUAUGAAAAGAAGAAACCAUUUUACCUCUACACAGGAAGAGGCCCAUCGUCUGAAGCACUGCACGUCGGUCAUUUGAUCCCAUUCAUCUUUUCGAAGUGGCUGCAAGAUGCUUUUGAUGUGCCACUUGUCAUUCAGCUAACAGAUGACGAAAAGUUCCUUUGGAAAGACCUCACAGUGGAAGAUGCACAGAAAAUGGCGCACGAAAACAUUCGCGACAUUAUUGCGUGUGGCUUCGACCCAGCUAAAACCUUCAUUUUUACUGACUUUGAAUUUGUUGGGCAAUGCCCUGAAUUCUACAAAAAUAUUGUGCGGGUUCGACGUAGUGUGACAUUCAACCAGGUGAAAGGCAUUUUUGGCUUUGGAGACAGUGAUUCAAUUGGCAAGAUAAGCUUCCCAGCAGUACAAGCUGCACCUGCCUUUCCAACGUCGUUCCCUUUUAUAUUUGGGAACCGGAAAGAUGUGGCUUGCCUGAUCCCUUGCGGCAUUGAUCAGGACCCCUACUUCAGGAUGACCCGUGAUGUGGCACCACGACUGGGAUUCCAGAAGCCUGCUUUGAUCCACUCUGUGUUUUUCCCUGCUUUGCAGGGUGCUGGCAGCAAAAUGAGUGCCAGUGACCCAACUUCUUCAAUAUUUCUCACUGACAGUCCUGCACAAAUUAAGAAUAAGAUUAAUAAGUACGCAUUCUCUGGGGGAGGUGCAACAGUAGAGGAGCACAGGGAGAAAGGAGGCAAUUGCGAUGUUGACAUAUCCUACCAGUAUCUCCGCUUCUUUCUUGAAGACGACGAGCGCCUGGAGCAGAUAAGAAAAGACUACACAAGUGGAGAGUUGCUAACAGGAUUCCUCAAGAAGGAGCUCAUAGGUGUUCUCCAAAAAUUGAUUGCAGAUCAUCAAGCAGCAAGGGCAAAUGUGACAGAUGAGGUUGUUAAGCAGUUCACAACGCCAAGGCCAUUACAAGUUGCCUUGUAAUGCAAAUCUUGCUUUUCUUAAGCAUCAUGUUCCUCUCCACUACAUCAUAUUUAUUUUUUGACUUGGCAUGAUUUGAAUAAAGCACAAUGGCAGAGACCUCUUUUUGGGAA